AUGGCCGCUGAUACGACCGCGAAACCUGUUUCAUGGAAAGGCAAGGGGAGGGCCACACAGUCAGGCGCGGAAGCCGACUUCUACGACCUCAACCCUACAAUCACCUACCGCCAACUACACUCGCGGAAUCUUGGAGUAAAGGAUCCUCUACGUGUGAUAGCGCUGUGCGACAGCGACGCGUUCUACGCUGCGUGCGAGCAGGUCCGCCUAGGAAUUGACCCAUCGCGGCCUUUGGUAGUCCAGCAAUGGGACUCCCUCAUCGCCGUGAAUUACCCCGCACGCAAGUUCGGCAUUACACGUAUGGAAAAGAUCAAGGAGGCAAGAAAGAAGUGCCCAGAACUGGUUGUCGUUCAUGUCGCGACUUAUAAGGAGGGGGAGAAGGAACCUGGAUAUUGGGAGAACCCUGAUACCCUAACACAUAAGGUGUCAUUGGAUCACUACCGACGAGAAAGUAUGAAAGUUAUCCGCAUGUUCCAAGAAGGUCUCCCUACUGGCGAAAUCGAGAAAGCGUCGAUAGACGAGGCUUUCAUUGACUUCACUGGGCCGAUUCGGGAAGAAAUCCUUCGACGAUACCCCUAUCUCGCACAGGUCCCUCCAGAUGCACCAAACGGCGCUGACAGUCCUCUUCCGCCCCCACCGCCUAUCAUUGACACGUCGUCAGGAGGCUCUGCAGCAGACGCAGAAGCUCCCAGUGACCAAGACGUCUCGGACGCCGACGAUAAGGGUGUCGAUAACGUCGAUACGACUACUUGGCACGAUGUUGCGCUCGCCAUCGCCGCUGAGCUAAUGGGAAAGAUUCGCCAUGACAUUUACAUGAAACUUGGUUACUCAACAUCGGCGGGUAUAGCUAGGAAUAAAUUUCUGGCAAAGCUCAUCGCGUCAUACAAGAAACCUAACAACCAGAUUCGCUUUCUCGGAGGGAAACUCGGGAAAGCCAUCGCCGAAGAAUAUGAAGCAUCUACCGUUGGUGACUUACUGAGCAUUUCCUUAGAGGAGAUGCAACGCAAGUUUGGCGAGGAGUCUAUCUGGGUAUACGAAUCUCCGGUGUGUGGUCUGAACCAGCUAUGUAUUGAAUUGCUAACCCCAGUCCUCGCCGCCAGAGGCAUAGACCGGUCCGAAGUCAAGGAGAAGCCGGCAGUCAAUAAGAGCAUGAUGGCAUCGAAGAAUCUUCCAAACCCGAUCACGAAGACGUCGCAGGGGCACCACUGGAUCAGAGUGCUCGCGGCGGAGCUGGCGCUACGCCUGCGCGAAGCUAGGGAAGAGAUGCCGCGCUGUGGCCGAAGACGCUGGUGUUGCAUGCCCGACAAAGCAGCGUUCCCGUUCACACGCGAUGCAUCCGUUGACGUGAUCACAUCUGCGGGAGAUAGGCUCUGGAAGGAGCUUAUAGGCACUGAUACCUCCCGAACGACACCAAUGAAGAUCACAAACGUCGCUCUCGGGUUUACAGGGGUCGAAGCCAUGGAGGCAGGGCAGCGCAGCAUCCAUGGCUUUCUCAAGCCACCUUCGACGUCAAAGCAGGCCCAGAGUGCAGACGUCCCUGUCAAACGCAAGAGGGACCCGCACGAAGACACGGAGGACACCGGGCGGGACUUCGUGCGGCAGAAAAGCAACAGCGACGUUGCUGCUGGCUCCCCUGACGGCACCACUUACUUCACGUGCGACAAGUGUGGCAAGCGCAUAUCCCUGCCUGGAGACUUGAUAGAUGAUGGUUUGGAAGACGUGAUCAUGCAAGAAGCGCUUGAGGCGCUGCGCGUGGAACACAAAGACUUCCAUUAUGCGCAGGAGUUGUCCAAGCAACUCAGCUCCGUCGGUUCCCCUCGCAAGUUCCGACCUUCAUCUGGAGAACAGGCUCAACCGGCGACCACGAGGAGAGGGGGACGGCCAAAACAGUCCGAUAGCAUAGCCAAGUUCUUCUCCGCAAAGUAA